AUGCGAUUGACCGCUACCGAUAUGAAGCAGUGUAUUUGCCUGUUUAUAGUAACAGUCAUGACGAUGGGAAGUGGCGGUGAUGAAGUUAGCGAUGCGGAACUCCUUGUCACCGGAAAUAGAAAAUUUACUGCAAAAAUGUUUUCGGAAGUCGCCAAAAAUAAUGUCAAGAGAGCUUUAGCUAUUGGAUUAUCAGAUGAUGAGUCGACUAAAUCCGUUUUUGCAUAUAUGAACAAAAAAAUCAGAUCCGUAAAGGGAAUUGAUUUAAGAAUGGCAAACAGUAUUUACAUUGCUGAUGGAUAUAAUCUAAAUGAUGAUUAUCUAGCUAUAUCACGGGAAAUUUUUCAAUCGGAUAUUAAAAGUGUCGACUUUACUAAAAGUGAAAAAACAACAAAAGAAAUAAACGCUUGGGUAGAAGACCAAACAAAUCAUCAUAUCAAAAACUUAGUUAGUUCCGAAGUUUUAUCAGAAGACACAACAGCAAUUCUUGUUAAUGCAAUUUAUUUUAAGGGUAUGUGGAAAGAUACCUUUAAUAAAAAUGUUACACGCGAUAGCGAUUUUCAUGCGACGCGAGAAAAAACUGUUAAAGUACCCAUGAUGUACAGAAAAGGAAACUUCAAUUAUGGUGAAAGUGCGGAACUUGGUGCUAAGAUUUUAGAAAUCCCUUAUGAAGGAGACGAAUCUGCAUUUUACAUAAUAUUACCUGAUGAAAUCGAUGGAAUAACUGAGCUCGAGAAUAAGUUACAAAAUCCUUCUGUGUUGGAAAAUUCCUUAAAAAGUUUAUUUGAAAUACAAGUUGCGGCACACAUUCCUAAGUUUAAAAUCGAAACGACAACAAACUUAAAAGAUAUAUUGCAAAAUAUUGGCGUUGAAAAAAUAUUUUCUGCUGGUGAAGCAAAUCUGAACAAACUGUUAAAAGAAAACAGAGAUUUAUACAUAAGUGACGCAGUCCAAAAGGCUUUUAUAGAAAUAAAUGAAGAAGGUGCUGAAGCUGCUGUAGCAAAUGACUUUGUUAUUUCCCUUGCGGCUCCAUUUACACCGCAGGAUAUCAGUUUUGUUGCAGACCAUCCGUUUGUGUUCGUGUUAAAAACAGGGGAAAAUAUUUUGUUUAGUGGAGUCUUCUCAUCU